AUGGACAAGCACCGGUCCCGCUUCUUCUGGGAGGGAGUGGGGCCCAAACGCAAGUACCAUAUGGUUGGCUGGGCAACUGUGUGCAAACCUCGGGUGUUUGGAGGGUUGGGAAUCCUAAACACCAAGUCCAUGAACAUCGCCUUAAUGGUAAAGUGGAUCUGGAAGAUCUACCAGAACGAGGAAGGCCUAUGGGCAGACCUUCUUAGGGCCAAGUACCUUGGGGACCAUGACUUAUUCUCCCCGGCGGUUCCCACCAAAGGAUCGCAAUUCUGGAACGCCAUACAGAAGAUCAAAUGGUACUUUAAAAUGGGCGCCAAACACCAGAUUCAUAAUGGGCGUAGGACCUACUUCUGGUUGGACUGGUGGACGGGCGCUGGGCCCCUCCGUUUCACCUUUCCACGGCUGUUUGCUUGCUGCGACAACCACUUUGCUACUGUCCAGGGGGUCAGGACCAACGAGGGCUGGAGGAUAAGGUUCCGUCGCACCUUCGGCCUAGCUGAAAGGGUUGAAUGGGACAACCUCUGCAGGAUCUUUGAUCUCUCGCCCGCUUCUGAGGGCGACGAUGUGGUUCGUUGGGCUCUUGAGCCUUCCGGUGAGUACUCCACCAUCUCGAUGUACUCCAAGCUAUCCCGAUGGGGGACGGUUACCCACUUUAAGGAGAUUUGGUGCACGAGGGUACCGCCAAAGAUCCGGGUCUUCCUCUAG